AACUUCCACCUCGCCUGCCUGGUCUCUACCGGCUGUGUGGCAGUAAGCUGCCUAAGGCUUUCUGCAAGAGAUUAGCUCGUGUGAGAAGGAUUAGGACUAGGAUGUGUGUGUUUGUGUGUAAAAGUGUGCGUCUGUGUGUGUGUGUGUUGUACAUUAGGUUGGCAGACAGCCUUUGCAUGUGUGCGGCGUGUAAAUAAGUCCAUGUUCUUUCUUACUAUAGCCGCAGACCUCAGCAUGCCGUCCCUUCAUUCCUCAGCCCCCACUGAUUACUCUGAGCCCGUGACUCUGAUUGGCUUUUCUUUGUCUGAUAUCCUCUUGUUUCWCCGCAGAAUGAAGAACUGGAUAAGAAGUAUGCGGGUCUGUUGGAAAAAAAAUGGACCUCAGUCAUCAGAUUACAAAAGAAGGUGAUGGAGCUUGAAUCGAAACUGAAUGAAGCUAAAGAUGAAAUCACCCUGGGUGGGCCCGUAAGUCAAAAGCGUGACCCCAAAGAGUGGAUCCCCCGCCCCCCAGAAAGGUAUGCGCUGAGUGGCCACCGCAGUCCGAUCACCCGCGUCAUCUUCCACCCGGUGUUCAGCGUCAUGGUGUCGGCCUCUGAGGACGCAACAAUAAAGGUGUGGGACUAUGAGACGGGAGACUUUGAGCGCACACUGAAAGGCCACACAGAUUCGGUGCAGGACAUCUCGUUCGACCAGUCCGGCAAACUGCUGGCGUCCUGCUCCGCUGACAUGACUAUCAAACUGUGGGACUUUCAGGGCUUCGAGUGCAUCAGGACCAUGCACGGACAUGACCACAAUGUUUCAUCUGUAGCCAUCAUGCCCAACGGAGAUCACAUUGUUUCAGCUUCCAGGGACAAAACUAUAAAAAUGUGGGAAGUCGCAACUGGCUACUGCGUGAAGACCUUCACAGGUCACAGGGAGUGGGUCCGCAUGGUGCGACCCAACCAGGACGGCACACUGAUCGCCAGCUGCUCCAACGACCAAACGGUCCGCGUUUGGGUUGUGGCCACCAAAGAAUGUAAGGCUGAGCUGCGGGAGCAUGAACACGUGGUGGAGUGCAUCUCCUGGGCACCGGAGAGCGCCUAUCCCACCAUCCUAGACGCCACAGGCUCUGAGACCAAGAAGAGUGGUAAACCUGGACCCUUCCUGCUGUCUGGAUCAAGAGACAAAACUGUCAAGAUGUGGGACGUUAGCAUUGGCUUGUGCCUUAUGACACUGGUUGGACAYGACAACUGGGUGCGUGGCAUCCUCUUCCACCCCGGAGGCAAGUUUAUUGUGACCUGCGCAGACGAUAAGACCUUAAGGAUCUGGGACUACAAGAACAAGCGCUGCAUGAAAACUCUGAGUGCCCACGAACACUUUGUUACCUCUCUGGAUUUCCACAAGUCUGCUCCCUUCGUGGUCACCGGGAGCGUAGAUCAAACUGUAAAAGUAUGGGAGUGUCGCUGAUUUGGACCUCGAAAGAUUGGACCACCACCCCGAUUUUACCCAGAUGCUCUUCUGGAUCCCACCCUCCCUCUUUCCUCACCUCUCCUUUCAUCCUAAUCCCCACCUCACCCAAUCACCUAACCUAAAACUCACCCCGCACAUCGUCAUCUCCUUCAGCUGCACUCGCCACCAUAAUUUACCCUCUGCGCUCUCUGGUCCAAUAACUUAGUUUUUUUUUUUUUUGGUCCUCCUUUGUAAAUUAUUCCUGGAUGUAGAUUGAGCUAAUAAAUGUUACACACCACAAAAAAAAGUAUUCUUGCAUGGUAAUCCAAAACUGUAUACUGUAAAUUUACAUAACGUUUGUCUAGAAGUACCAUAGGUUUAACACUGGGCUGAGCGUCUGUCACACAGCCUUACCAACCAACCUGAAGGCAGAUGUUUUCGACUGGGUGUGAAACGUAGGGCACUAAAAAAAACAACAACAAAAAACUGAUAAUUUAAGAAAUGACAGUGUCUUUAUGUGUAAAAUUUAUUUUUGUUUAUUUUUUUAUUUAGGAUUUUGUUUCUUUUCGAUGUUAUUCCUGCUCCUUCACUGUCGUAGUCUGUUGGUGCCUAGCUUGGUGACACGUUUGAGAGACAAAGGCAGGAAAAGCAUAURAGAGACGUCCGUGGGGCUUCAUUAUCGACAUAAUCUGUAGCUUUAUAACAUCACUUCUCGAGUGUGCAUACCAUUUCUCUUUAUGUGGAACUAGGUUCUAUUUUAAUGGCUGUAAAUACAAAUGUUUCAUACUGUCGUCCUUGGACCUGGGCGGGCUCGAACGGCUUUCUACUUCAUGUUUUGUUUUGUUUCUCGGUGGCAGAUGAGCUACAGCUGAGCUUUAGAUGAAUUGUCUAGUUUACAAAUAAAGCAGUUGUGUGAGGCUUUUUGCAAGAAGCUGUCAGCGGCUCGCUUUAGGAUAUCCAAUUGGAAAAACGCGGCACAGAGAAACGUGUGAAUAUUGAUGCUAAAUUGUGUCACUGUGCCACAAAACGUGUCUAAAACUAAUCUGUGGAAGAGAUGCAAAGUCAAAGUGAACCCACUCCCCCAGCUCAGCUUAAUAUCUGGGAUGUGCAAAGAUCUUUAAUUUCUAAAUAUGUUUUGCAGAAUUAAAUGAUUUUGGAAAAAAAAUUUAAAAAAUUAUAAAAAAGAAUAAGAAUCUGAUGCUUUACAGUUAGAUGGUCGCAGGAUUGCCUCCCAGCCUUUCUGGGUGCACAAAUGUGCACAUUUAGGGUUUACAUGUGGGCACUCCAGCAAAAUCAUGCAUGUGAGGUUAUUUGGCAACUCUAAAUUUGCCCCUAGGUGUGGGUGAGACUGUGAAGGUUUGUCUCUUUGUCUGGUUUGAUGGACUCGGGACAUGUCCAGGGUGUCCCCUGUCUCUCGUACAGUGACUGCAGGAGAUAUGCACUUCCUGAUAAAGUGGGUUAAGAGAAUGAAUGAAUGGAAAAAUAAUAGGAACUUUGUGAUGUGUUUUUAUCUGAGAUUUGAGGGUUGUUCUGGAUCAGAAGCAGAAACCCCCCCGCCCGCCUAUUGAAGUGUUUUUCUCUCACAUUCAGGCCACUCUACCAUUCUGCGUUACCUCAUAGGACAGAAAAUGAAAACAUCCCGCCUCCUACGUGAUUUACUAACCUUGCACAUCCCUGUUUUCACCGAAGCUUUUUUGAUGACAACACAAGCGCCAUCCGCCUGAUUUCUGAUAUCAUUCCAGGAAAGAAUUCCACUGCUUCUCGCCUCGACGUCCGUCUUUGCGGCGAGGUUUUCCUCUUCGUCUUGUGUGCUGGAUGUGGUGAUCUGCUCCUUGAGCUCCUGGCCUAGUGGCUGCUGUGAGCCUUAYGGAACCUGUUGAUGUGGCACCGCUGCAUGUAGACCUGCAUCCAGAGGCAGAGCUGUCAGAACGGGGUCUCCUAACGGCUCCGAGCCUUUAUAUCAGACYGACUGGUUUGAUGUAGUGACUGUACUCACUGUGGUUCAGGAGAGCACCAAUUUACCUUUUUUGCCACGAGCUGAAUGAAGUCAKCAGUGAUGUUUUCUGACCGACAGAGAAACUGUUUAUCCAAACUUAAUUAAAGCGACUUUGGUGGUUGGCUAGCUAGAGUUCAGACAGCUCUGUUGUUUGGUUUGUAGACAGGCUGGUUUGUUGUGUUUGAUGCUAUUUGAUGGAGRUUUCACAGCCUCUGUCUUCUGUAAAUGCAUUGGGACUGUGGCAGACUAGGAUGCACCCCAAAAGAGAAAUCCUCUCUUUUUACGGACAUCUCCCUUUAAUGAGUGCCCACAUUUCUAAGGUUUAAUAUAGAUUUUGUUUUCUAUAAGCUCUGUCCAAUAUGUCUGACAUGAAGACUUAUAGUAAGAGAGAAUCAGUUAAAUUUGGUCGAUGGAGAUGCCGGUGUGUUAAAUGUUCUAGAUGAAGCCAAAAAUGGAKAUAUCAUCUGUACGAUCUGGUCUAUCUUGAAAAAUCAACACAAUGAUGGAUCACGCCAGAACACAACUUAUAAAUAUAAAGCGUGUUCCCUCUUGCUUUGAAUCAAGUAAGGAGGUCAGGCUGAUGUGUGUUUUGUAAUAAUCCUUGUAAAGUAAGAAAAAAAAUCUCUAAAACACUGCUGUUUGUAUGCAACUGCAGAUGAAAAUCUAGACCUUCGCAGGUCCAAAGCAAUCCYUGUGCUGCUGCGGUUCGGUCCGGUGAAAUGACCCACAGGCAGGUCUUAAAUGUCCGUGGGUGGUUUCCUGCUGGCCUCUGUCCCCCAYCCCCUCCCGUCCUCUGUAAGCUGCCUGUGAACCACAUCUGAGGGCUUCAGACUGCACAACAAGAGAGCUCAUGAUGUCUUUGCCACUUUAUGGUCUCACUCUUCACUCAGCAAACUGUUAACAAUAUACCUGGAUGUCAUUAUUGUUUGCGAUAUAAUAAAAAAAAGAAAAUCUGCA